AAACAUAUACAGACAUACACAGACCUCGGACUCCCCUCUGUCCGCUCUCUCCCUCUGCCCCGGAGCCGUCCCCUCCUCCGGCGAGCGCGUCCACGGCGCAGCCACCCGGCGAACUGAGGAGCGCAGCGGCGUCCGGAGCGCGAGGGAACCGGCGCGGAGCAGGAGCCGCCGCUCGCCGGAGCGCUCGGCGGCGGCAGCAGCGGCCGGGACACCCUCGGCGGCCCCCGGGGCUUGGAGCAGCCGCGCCUGCUCCCGCCGGGGCCGGAGCGCGCGGAGCCGCCACCCCGCACGCUCCAGCGGCCCCUGCCACCCCUAUGAGACAAGCAGAAGCCGGGCCAAGGAGCCGGACGCUCGGCAGCUGGACUCCUCCGCAAGCCCAAGCGCCUCCUCCGCCCGCGCCCCUCCAGCGCCGGUGAAGCGAAAUGCAACCGCCACGCUCCUGCUGAAAGGGGAAGGGGCCGGCGCCAUCCCCUCGCUCGGAACUCGGCCCCCGCGGCGGCUGCGCGUCCGGGCCGCGGGCCCGCAGGUCCCCGGAGUGAACGCGAGGAGAAGGAGGCGAAGAAGCUGCCGGCCCGGGGUUGGCCGGGGCCGGGGAGGAGGGACGGGGCGGGGGGAGGGCGCGGGGGGCGGGGAAGGGGCCCCGGCGGAUAAAGAUGGCAAUGUCUCUCAUCCAAGCGUGCCGCAGUCUGGCUCUCUCAACAUGGCUGCUUUCCUUUUGUUUCGUGCAUCUGCUCUGCCUGGACUUCACCGUGGCUGAGAAGGAGGAAUGGUACACCGCCUUCGUGAACAUCACCUACGCGGAGCCCGCGCCGGACCCCGGGCCCGGAGUGGCGGGCGGCGGCGGCACGGAGCUGCACACGGAGAAGACUGAGUGCGGGCGCUACGGGGAGCACUCGCCCAAGCAGGACGCCCGCGGGGAGGUGGUCAUGGCCAGCUCGGCCCACGACCGCCUAGCCUGCGACCCCAGCACCAAGUUCGCCGCCCCAGCCCAUGGCAAGAACUGGAUAGCCCUCAUCCCCAAGGGCAACUGCACGUAUAGGGAUAAGAUUCGGAACGCGUUCCUGCAGAACGCCUCCGCGGUGGUCAUCUUCAACGUGGGCUCCAGCACCAACGAGACCAUCACCAUGUCCCAUGCAGGUGUAGAAGACAUCGUGGCAAUAAUGAUUCCUGAGCCAAAAGGGAAGGAGAUAGUAAGCCUGCUGGAAAGGAACAUCACGGUGACCAUGUACAUCACCAUUGGAACCCGGAACUUGCAGAAAUAUGUGAGCCGCACUUCGGUCGUGUUUGUCUCCAUCUCCUUCAUCGUCCUGAUGAUCAUAUCCCUCGCAUGGCUGGUCUUUUAUUAUAUCCAGAGGUUUCGAUAUGCAAAUGCCAGGGACAGGAACCAGCGCCGACUGGGAGAUGCAGCAAAGAAAGCGAUCAGCAAGCUCCAGGUCAGAACCAUCAAGAAGGGUGAUAAGGAAACAGAGCCCGAUUUUGAUAACUGUGCAGUUUGCAUCGAAGGGUACAAGCCCAAUGACAUUGUGCGGAUCUUGCCCUGCCGGCAUCUUUUCCACAAGUCCUGCGUUGACCCCUGGCUUCUAGACCAUCGCACCUGUCCCAUGUGCAAGAUGAACAUUCUUAAAGCCCUAGGGAUCCCGCCCAAUGCCGACUGCAUAGAUGACUUGCCCACCGACUUCGAGGGAUCUCUAGGAGGCCCACCCACCAACCAGAUCACAGGCGCGAGCGACACCACUGUGAAUGAAAGUUCAGUCACCCUGGACCCUGCCGUCCGGACAGUGGGAGCCUUGCAGGUGGUCCCGGAUACAGAUCCCAUCCCGCAGGAAGGAGAAGUCAUCUUUACCACUAACAUGGAAGAGAUAGAGGGAACCCGGGUAUUGGAAACAUUGACCAUGUGCAAAGACCUUGCAGAGAACUUUCAGGGCGAGCAGGAGCCAGCUGUAAGCAGUGAUUCUGACAUCUCGCUGAUUAUGGCAAUGGAAGUUGGACUGUCUGAUGUAGAACUUUCCACUGACCAAGACUGCGAAGAGGUUAAGUCUUGAAACGGUGACUAUAGAACAAAGGGGUGGUAGGACCCAAGGGGAAGGGAGGGAGGAGGACCUCAAGAAUUGGACCCGGCUACACACACCUCCAGAACCACUUGGUAACUCCACGGCGCUCCGCUCAAGAAUGGUAAUGAAAGCAAUAUCCAAAGUCACGUUAAUCAGGAAGCCGUCUCUCCAACUGUACAACAGUCCAUGGCCUUGGCAGCUGGGAAGUUGAAAGCUGAUUUUUCCCUCCCAUGUCCUUGUAGACACACUUCAGGAGCUCCUAAAACAGACCGAAAGGACAUGCUUAGGGCUUCUUAGUUUUAUUUCCUUUUCUUCCAGGUCUUGUUUUGUUGUUUGGGGAAUGUUGUUUGAUUUCUUUGGCAGUUUCUUUCUAAAGACUGUGUGCAGUUUACAUGAUGUCCACCCCUUCGGUUGACUCCAGCUUUUGUACAGAGUUCUGUUCGAAGCAGCAGUUCCUGCUGUGACCGGUUUGUACGUGGUCUCGGAGAUGAACGGCCUUGACCUCUCGGCAUGAAGUGUGCUUGGCUUUGGGACGUGCCUCAGCACCCCGAAACGGUCUAAGGCCAGCUUUCCUUAAGAAUCUAAGUUCUUUCAAGUGGAUCUUAAAGAUCCUAGCUGCCAGAGACCCCAACACUAAGCUCUGAAUCCACUGAGAUUACCACUCAUCAUUUGCAUUCACAUCACGCUGGCUCCCACUUGCCAGGCUCUGUUAAUGGCCCCCAGGACGUGAGAAGCAAGCUUCAUUUUUGCCUGGAUCUUACAGUGUUUGACUGAAAUUCCAAACUCAGAAGUCCCCUCUGGGCUGUAGCGCUGUUCUUCAUGACUGUAGGGCUUGUAGCUGGGACCGCAAGCCCGUUUUUAAGACCAGUCACCGCAUAUUCUUCCCAAAAGCAAAAUGUCUGUUAUAGUGGUGUCCGCAAGGCUGAAACCGUCUUUUGUUCUUGUUCCUUCCACAAGUAGCUUCUGUAGGUGAUGGAGGCUUCAGAAGAGACCCAGUCCUCUGGGAACCCUGUGUCAAACACACUGGGUUCUUCCAGGUGUGCAAGCACCUGGGUUUUCCUUUAAUCCCAACACACCUGGGUUAAACCUCACCAGACCUCAAGAAAGGGUUCAUGGGAAUCCUUGGCAGCUUGCUUCCUGGGCUCCCCAAGUACAUCUAAAUCUCAAGUGAGGAGGGACGUGUGAUCUGAUAAACCAUUUGGUCUAAAAAGUACAGCAUGGGGAAUUUGUUAACCAAGUCUCUCCUAACGGAGAGAGACAAAGAGGGAGAGGAAAAGAGGCAUCCAAUGGAUACUGAAACCCACCGGCAUUUUUAAACUACUUACGUUUUUAUUCUUUUUUUUUCUUUCUUUUUUUUUUUUUUUGGUAACUAUGACAGAGAUGUGCUAUUUUUCCAGUGGGGAAUUUUGUAAUUCGUUUAGACUAUCCCCAUGCAGAGAUGAGGAAGGCAGUGAAUGGUCUCCCCGGACAAUCACGGAUCACCUCACCCUCUGUCAGAAGGCGACGGCGGCUGCGUGGGUUCCUAAGAAGGAAGGCUUUUCUCACUGAGUCAUUUACAUCUUUAACAAGGCUUUUCCACCUCAUUACACUAAUACUCAUCCAAAAACCAGAGCUGGGCUGUGUCGUAAAUCGCUGCCUGCUGACACGUAGAGUGGAGGUCACGGGAGUGGAUGGCAGACUACUGGUCGCUCGCCCCCACCCCCACCCCCGCCACCUCCCCCCUCCCCUGCUCCCAUCUUUAAUGAUUUCCUAUUGGAUGCUUUCUAAGUAGGCAGCAAGGCAAGGAGAAUGAUGACCACCUUCAGAAAUGUCGCAGCUCUCUGGGAGUCUCACACUUCCUCUAAUGAAACCCAGAGUCAGUGUGCGAAGGCAGGCAAGGAGGAGCGAACUCAGCACUGAGCCGAAGUCCGGAGUCCGGGCUGAGUCACGUGUUUGCUGAGCCUCUCCUCUCCCUCUGCGAAAUGAAGGAGUUCCAUGAGAUGAUGACCAAGGCUCCUUCUGGCCUUGAGACUGCUAAUGAGCUUUUUGCCCUGGGAGGGGGGCAGCGGGGGGGGUGGGGUGUCCAUUUUUUGGCAGAUGGCGAUGACAUAUAGCUGACUUCGUACCUUGGGGAGGCAGUUUCUUGACACAUAAUGGACACGAAUGGCUUUGGUGCUGAGAAUGACUAUCGAGAUGAUUCAAGAUUGAAGUCCAAGUAGGAGUGGUUUAGUUUCGCCUGGUUUUAAAACAGCUGUUAGUCACAGAGUCUGUAAUGUCCGGAUACCUUCAAAUUCUAGUCCUCGGUCUGGGAUUCUUCGUCUCAGAGUGUUUCUUGUUCUUGAUCAGCAUAGCGUUACACUGUGUACCCUUGAGUCAGCUCUACCUGAAGCACACUUGGGUAUUCACUUAUGUCAAGUGGAAUUAGAAGGAUAAUCCAACAACAAAAGAAAUAAAAUUGUAUUCCAUACCCAGGAGAGAAAAUGACCUUUGCACUGCAUACUUCUCCAUAUGAUGAGUGUUGUCUCUUUUGGCCGGUGACCAGAUAAAUCAGGAAUCGGUUGCCUUUGUACACCACAACGUGGCCCCCCUAUAGGAUGCUGAAUAGAUGAGGAGGGGCCUGGAGCAGGGUGAGGGGCAUCUGAGUGGGCUUUUACCCCAAGGAGGUUCUGCUGCAAAAUCCCUGAGCCUAGGAGGCUCUCCAUUUACCAAAGGUUUGUUUUCAGAGGAUUUUCUUGUGGCUUUGGUGGUUUAAAAAAAAAAAAAAAAAAAGUUCAACCAGCAUAGAAGCGUUUAAAAGAAAUGAAAAACUUCUCCCAUAGCCUUCUUCACCACCACCUGCCCCACCCACCCCAAAGAGUAAAUUCUGAGCUGGGAACCCUCUAGAAGCAUAUGCAAACUUCAUGCAUAUUUACAGAUGCGCAUUCCUCUAUAAUGAGUGUCCAGACCAGCACUAUCUAAUAGAAAUAUAAUGCAAGUCACUCAUGUAAAUUUUACAUUUUCUACUGGCUACAUUUUACAAAGGAAAGAGGAAUGCUUUAAAAUAAUUUUAAUGAUAUAUGUAAUCUUUUUGUUUCAAUGUGUAAAAAGCAUAAAUGAAAUCUUGUACAUUCUUUUUUGUACGAAAUCCUCUAAACCCAUAGUGUGUUUAAGCUCCCAGAACGCCUCAUUUUGGGCGAGCUACAUCUCCAGCCCUGUGUCAACAGCCACAUGUGGCCCAUGGCUCCCAGCUGGGUAGCACAGGUGCAGAGCUGCUCCAGCAUUCUCGCAAGAUCCCCUGACCCUGGCAAAGAAAAAAAAAAAAGUUAAAACCUAAUUACCUCCAGAGAGAACUAGACUCCACCCAAGUUGCCUAAUGAGAGCCCCAAAGAUCUGUUUGUUUUAUGACAAGUAAAUAGUCAGGCCAUGCUUUUUUGAAAUUUCUGCCUGACCUUUCUCACCAUACACUGAUGUCCAUUACUAUUACCAUUACUUUGCUGACCUAUUUUUUUUUUUUUUUAAAGUCACACAAACCAUGUUGAUUUGGUGCUGAAAUGAAAUUGUCUCCCUCACUUCUAUGACAAACCCUUAGACUGGUAUGUGGCCCUCGGGAGCCAAAAAGAAUUCCAUCCAACUUCACCUCAACCCCUAGUUCUCCUGCUUCCAGACUGGCCAAAGGCCUUUUCCCAGUGCCAGUGCUCCCGGGGGAUUUGAGAGGGAAAAGUGGGAAGUUACAUACUGACUCCAGGUACAAGACUCUGAGUAGCCUUAUGGAGAAGAAGUCUUUGGGGUUGUGACCACCCAGCCCUAUUGGGUGAAUCGUGAUAGCUGCCCGCUGCCAGCUCUCAGCUCGGAAGUCAGCAUCCUCUCACCCCAAGGCUGUGGGCAAGAGAGGGAGCAUUUCCAUUCCCUCAGGAGAACGGAGAGUCACCUCUGGGAAUUGCCUCUUCCAUGUGACUGAUCCUCUGAGAGGAACUGAGCCCUGAUCAUGAAUACAGCAGCUAACCAUUGAUUUCGUCUCCAGAGCUUGGUUACCCCUGAAAUAGUAACCUAGGCAGGAAGAAGGGGAGUUGGGAGAAGCAGAAAGGGAAUAGCAGAGGGCCGCCUGGCUGGCUCAGUCGGUAAAGCAAGCGAUUCUUGAUCUUGGGGGUGUGAGUUCGAGCCCCACAUUGGAUGUAGAGAUUACUUUUUAAAAAUCCUUAAAAAAAAAAAAAAAAGAGUGGCAAAAUCCACCUACCUUUUCUGACAUCACCUUGUCAUGAUGGUAACCAUGGAGGCAAAUCCCUGCCCAAAGAUUGUUUUCAGUAUUUCCCUCAUUCUGGACAUUCACGGGUCUGGGUUUGGUUAUGUCAGAAACUACGGUGCCUGGGGGCUGCUUCAGACCGUGCUGACAUCCCUACGGCCACCAGACCUUCAGAACCAAAAAUGGUGACAGAUAGCCUGACAUGGGGUUCUUUUUUAUGUAUAAGUUGUGUUUAGCUGAAAAUUACUGCAGAGCAUAAAAAAAUAAGUGGCAUUUAGUUAUCCAUGGAGUUCAUCACCUUGAUUGAACACAAAGAAAUCUCAUUAAUCAAAACUCUUUCAGAAAAUCUGAGAUACGGAGUCACAUCCUCUGUGGAGCAAGGACCCAGCCGCCUGUGGUACUGUGGCCCCUGCAGCAAUUUCCAGUGGCAUUUUUUAAUAUGGUGGAGCUUUGAUCUCUUUCCCUUUUUCCCUGUAUGUGUGUGUGUGUGUGUGUGUGUAUCUGGCUUUCAUUGACUGCUGUCUCUUUCUGUACACACACCUACACACAACCUUUUCCCAUCUUUUGGGACAAAAAAACCUUGGAUCUGUAGCUUUGGAUCUGUAGACUUACCGUUAUUGUGAAUACCAUAGUUACUGUUGUUGGUGUUUUUCUUGUUUUAUUGUGUGGCAGUGUCUAUAUUUGCACUUCUGAUGAGGAAAACCAGUUUACUCUAAAGGCAAAUUAACUUCCUCCGAAAUGGAGUUAGCCGUUUUCGCUUCUCCUAGCACUAAUUUCAUCACAGACCGCUAUAGCUAUUGCUUUUUUUUUUCAGGCUCCCUUGCCAAUAAAGUCUCCUAGGCAGAUAAUGGCCAAGUCACAACUCCAGAAUGCUCUUGAGAUCUGUUAUGUUCUACCUUGAGCAUUUGUGACCUUCCUAGUCCACCAGAGGCCCCUGGGGUUAAGAUUUCUUAGAAAAAUGUCAAGUAGCCAGACCAUAUCCCAUGUCCACUCAUGCUUCUUAACUCUGCUUCUUAGCCCAAGAACUUCCUCUUUGUUAAGGAAUCCGAGGGCCAUUUCUUCCUUAAGACUGAAAAAGAGACACAAAGAAACCAUUCUUCUAAGGUGAGGGAGAAGGUUCCCUGCACAGUGCUGUGUGUCACAGACAUGUAACUGACGAUGGCAGGAGGUGGGAAUACCAGCCUGCAGGAAGUGAGAAGGGAUGGCUGGACAUGAGCAUGGGCACUCUUUCCAAAUAAAUGCUCAUCCCUUAGGGUUAGAGCUGACCCCAUGUUUUUGGGUAUGUGUGUGUGUGUUUCAAGGAGUUUAACACUCAUGAGUUAAAACACUCAUGGUUGCAAAGAAGGUUGGGUUGUCUGAAAGAUAAAUUAAUUCUGAGAAGCAAAAUGAGUUUCUCAGCAUCACGUACCUCUUCUCUUUGCCUUCUUGUCUCCCCAUCUCACAGCUCCAGGCCCUUUGUAAUAGGAGCAGCAAUUUGUAAAAAAAAAAAAUAAUAAUAAUAAUCCAUAGAUUGGUCGCCACGCUUCCACUUUGACCCUUGUGAUGACACGAAAUUAUCCCAAAACGAAAGAGGUGAUUCCGGGUCCUAUACGUAGAUCCUUAUUUAUCAAAUCAUUUAAGGACAAAACCUGCUUUUUGUACAAAGAACCCGAUGAGGUCACUCGCAUCUCUCUUUAUCACCCUGUGAACUGUCUGCCUCAAUCAAGUGGCUUUUUCAGGAAUCUCAGUGAUCAAAGACCUUUUCAUCCUUGUGCUCCUCUUGAUUGAUGUUUGUACUUACUACAGAGCUAUUCGCUCCCUGAGAAAUGUUUGUUGAUGAUAAUGAUGAGGCAAGAACCAGUCUCUUAAGGGGUCCCGGGUCUGUACAGAGCAAGGGAGAACUUCUGGGGAGAAGGUAGCUAGCUCCACCCACGGUAUCCAGAACCGCUGCUGGCGGAAUGUCUGUGGUCUUGUCCUCCUUACUGAAUUGAAAGGCUUAGAGAAGCAGGAAAAUGUGAGGACCAUGUGUGCUAUGUAAACCAAAGACCGAUCACCAUCCAAAUGGACACAUGUUCUUCCAUUGCCUCAUUUAAUUUUCUCCUAACGGUCUCGUAAAUAAAAGUGAAUGUGGGUUGCCUAGUCAGACGAAACUGUGAAACCUUAUGGGGUUUUCUCUUGCAGGCUGGAGAUGGCCCUUACUAAAUCCAGAAAUCUAAAAAAACAAAAA